AAAAACAACACGCAUCGCAUCUGGGAUCGGAGUCAUCGGACAAGAAACCGCAACCAGGGGGAGGGAGAGGGAUUUUGCGGAGGGAGAGGAAAAAAGGGCGAUAAAAGGGGGCCGAAAGGAACUGAGGAGAGGGAGAAGGGUUCGCCGCUUUCGAUAGGGUUUUGCGCAGGGCUAGGGUUUGGUUGCCAUGUCUGCGGGGAUCUGCGGGAAGCGCUUAGGGUUGGAGGAAAUCUUCGGAUCUCCGGCUCCGGCCCCGUCGGCGAAGAGAUCUCGCUGCUCGAGCUACGGAUCUCCCGUCCGGUCCUCCGAUUUCGGCCUCGUAUCCGACGACAAGGUCAACAUCCUCCUCCGCAUGUUCCCGUCUAUGGAUCGGGAGGUUGUGGAAAUUGUUUUAAAGACUCAUGAUCACAAAAUUGAUGAUGCCAUCAAGAGUCUUCAUUCUCUAUGCCUUGGCGAUGAUUCCACAAGAACUGAAUCAGCACAGCUUAACUCAAUUCUCCAAGCAAAUGAAAAUGCUGUUGAAGCUGUUAGCAAUUCUCAGACAUCCAAGCAGAAGGUUGAAGGUACUCAGAAUGACAGUUUGGUUUCUGAGUCUCGUAUUCCCCAAGAUGUGCCUUCGUGGGUUGAUAUUUUUGUACAAGAAAUGAUGAAUGCCUCAAAUUGGGAUGAUGUCCGAGGCCGUGCUAUGAAAAUCUUGGAAGCUUUCGAAAGAAAUGUUGUUGCACAAACUACAACAUCAGUGGAGGAGAUUGCUUCUCUUAAAGAACAAUUGCAGUGUUUGUUGAGAGACAACCAGAUUCUGAAGAGAGCUGUUGCUAUUCAGUAUGACCGCAAUAUGGAGCAUGAGAAGGAGCUAAAGGAGGUGCAGCAAUUGAAGCAUGUUAUUAGUCAGUACCAAGAGCAAAUCCGGACGUUGGAGCUGAACAAUUAUUCAUUGACGGUACAUCUUCAGAGGGCACGAGAAUCCAGUUCUAUUCCCGGUCAGUUUCACCCAGACAUAUUCUAGAGCCCACCUUCCUGACAUGUAAUCAUUUUAUGUCAUGGUAUGAACCUACACUUGAAAAAUUAAGAUUUCUUAUCGAUGCUUGAGCUAGUAAUUUAGCCUUGCUCAUGCUAUGGCAUCUCUUCGCCAGCCAUGUACCAGAGAGUUUUCAAUCAAUUUGUUGUAACAUGCUUCUUGUGAGGGCAUGUUCUUAUCUUUGCUAUGGUGUUUGUGCUAUAGUUAAUAGUUUAAAAGAGUAACAUUCCUCGGG